AUGGGUUCUUCACGCGGAGGUGAAGUGAUGGAGACGUACAUCAGCGAACUUUUGCCAAAUGCCCUCACUCAAGCAAAACUUGAGGGUCGUGACAAUGACGAAGAAGAGGAUGAAAAAUACUCAUAA